AUGGAACGGAAUCAUUCCGGAGGAAUUAAUGCGGCCGCCUCGUCGCAGACUCCUAAUUGCAAUUACAAGCUUCAGCUUGAAGCAACAAACGUAAACAACAACAGGCUGUGGUUAAGUAGUAACAACAAUACUGAAUCAAAACCUGCGGCUUAUUUACUGAAUUUGAUCAAUGAUACAAGUGGUACAGUUGGUAGAAAUGAUUCGAAUGAUUCAUUUGGUUCAAAUGAUGGAACUAAUGCAAUUGAUACAAACAGUCUAAAUAAUCUAGAUUAUCCAAAUGGUCCAAGUAAUACAAAUAGUUUAAACGAUUCAAAUGGGCCAAAUGAUCUAAAUGAUCUAAAUAGUCCAAAUGAUCUAAAUGAUCCAGGUUGUUUAAAUAAUCUAAGUGGUCCAAAUGAUUCAAGUAGUCUAAACGAUCCAACUGAUCCAAGUAGUGGAAAUGAUUCAAGGAAUACAAAUAGUUUAAACGAUUCAAAUGGGCCAAAUGAUCUAAAUGAUCUAAAUAGUCCAAAUGAUCUAAAUGAUCCAGAUUGUUUAAAUAAUCUAAAUGGUUCAAAUGAUUCAAGUAGUCUAAAUGAUCCAACUGAUCCAAGUAGUAGAAAUGAUCCAAGAAAUUCAAAUUGA